AUGCCUUGGCAUGCAGGUGACGGCUGGGGAGGUGGUUCCGAUGAAAACAGAGAAGACGAAGACAAUGCGGAGGUGCUGGCCAAUGGGUUCCUGGUGACAAUCAUGUCUGGCUUCCUCCUGAGUCUCUCUAAUCACACAAAAGCCGAGUGCCAUAAGCCUCGUGUCUUUAAGGGUUCCUGCCGUAUCUGCAACCAGGAGGGUCACCCGGCUGCCGAGUGCCCUGAUCGGCCUCCUGACGUUUGCAGGACUGUCAACAAGAGGACCUCAAACUGCACUGAGAACCGCAAAUUCGGUCUCAACCGCAUCCCCGACAUGCUACCUGAGCGAGCAUGGGAACUUCUCAGGAAGGCAAGCUAUGAUCGAGAUUUGGAAGGCUUCCGCGAGGGGCUUAAGAUAUACUCAAAGGCCGUUCCGAAUGCUACAUUCGCUGACAUCGAAGAAAAGAUGCGCGCUGAAUCAUUCAAUAUCUACCUCAUUGCCAUGGAAAGGCAGACGUCCGAUUGUAUCAGCCUUAUCAGCCUCCAGGGAAAGUUGAACUGCACCUACAUCGUCGGACUCUUCUACAGCCCCAGGCCCCAGAGAGCAAACCUUCGUGAAUGCUGGCCUCCAUCAGUUGAGGAGAAUAUUGAGCGCCUUAGAGAUGCUAGUCUUCCUUAUGAACGACAGAUUCCCAAAUGUAGCAACUGCGGUGAAAUGGGGCACAGCUCUCGCAGUUGCAAGGAGGAACGAGUCGUGAUCGAGCGUGUGGAAGUCAAUGUGUUAACUGCAGCGAACCCGGACACCGCGCUCAUGAUUGCAAACAACCUCGUGUGGCACUAG